UAUAUUACGUCAUCUUGUGUAAGCUUCUUAGCUUUGUGCAUGCUGAAGUCGAACAACAUGAGCGAAAUAAUGGCGUUGACUGGAGCCAGACCGAGCCCACCAUCUGGAGAAGAGGAGCUAAAGGAGAAAGAGGCAAUAGCCAUUUUUAUCACGAAGGUGUGGAAAAUUGUGGAGAGCCCAGAAUACAACAAAUACAUCCACUGGUCUGAUAAUGGAAAGACGUUUGUAGUGUGCGACUAUCCGAACUUUGCUCGAGAGGUUUUACCGCAUUACUUCAAGCACAGCAACUUUAGCAGCUUCGUGCGACAGCUAAACCUCUAUGGUUUUCGUAAGGUCUCCCACCCGGACGAAGGGGCACUGAUCAAGACUCAAGCGAACGAAACGUUUGAAUUCUGGCAAACUAACUUUAGACGAGGUCAUCAUGAGCUGCUCCAUCUCGUACAGAGGAAGACACACACCUCUCACGCCCCCAGCAUUAAGCCAAAGCUACAUGUAAAGCCUAACAAGCACCAUCAUGCUGAGGGAGGGGAGGAGCUGAAGCCAGAGAUCACCAAGGUCCUGGGGGACAUACACACAGUGCAGGGACGACAGGAGAACAUCAUGCUCGUGCUAGAUGCUCUCAAACAGGACAACCAACACCUCCACAUGGCACUCAAGCAGCUCAAGGAGAAGAGUGCAAGGCAGCAGAAAGUUCUCAACAAGGUAAUUCAGUUUCUGGUCCACAUGGUGUACAAAGGGAAGCUUCCAGGCAGAAGAACCUCCAAUAACCAGCUGAUGUUAAUGGAGCCACUCAAUAUAGACGGCCCACCCUCCCCUAAGAGAAUGCGACCAAUGACAAUCGACAAUGAGCUGGCCUCCAUCGUGGAAUACAACGAUUACACACCUAAUGAUUUAUUGGACAUGCCCCCCCUUGUCAGUGUGGUGUCCCCUGACUCAGUGCAAGCACCAUCUCCUGCUCCUGGUUCAGAGUACAGUGGAUCAGCUCGAUCUCCUCUGAAGUCCGUUGACUCCCCCACACUUGUCACACCUGUCACACCUAUCACACAAACGAGCACAAUGUCCCCGUUGCUCACAAGUUCCAGCACCGUCACAAGCCUCACACCCUCCACAACUUACACGACCCUCUCAUCCUCACUCCCAGCCGAGUCCAGUAAUGAUGACUAUGCUCUUGCUCUGGUCCCGUUGAUAGGUGGCGGUAUACAACUGCCUGCCAUUAGCCAGGACCUCUUCUCAGAGUAUCCCAUACACCCGGCCCCAUCCUCCCUGCUGAACUCACCACACCCUGACAACCGUCUGUGUAUCAAUGGGCAGGUGAGCCACCAGCAGAACUGCAUUGAUGCUAUACCAGAGAUGGUGACUGAUAACCUCAGCCUUGACCCAGGCCUGCUAGCAGAGUUCCUGGCCUCACAGGAUCACUCAGGGCCCUGCUACGACUAUGUGGAUACUGCACGUCUGCUAGAGUCCCUGACCAACCUGAACCAGGACACUGUGACUCACGAGAGCACCCUCUACCAGCAGCUCAACCAGCAGCCCCUCUCCCUCACAACAUCCACACCCUCACAAGAUGCUUCUGAGCUCGAGAAGCUACUCAACUCUCAGUAACUGGCGGGCAUGGCAAUAGAACUGACGAAACAAGGGAACUCUUAGUAUAUCAAAUCCUUUAGCAGUAAACUAUCCGUUGGUGUUCAACUUGAGAAUUAUGUGAAUUAUUUGUUUUGUUUGUUUGUUUAUUUCUAUUUGUUAUACUUUAUAUAAUUAUUAUUUGAUUGUAAUUAGAGUGAUUUUAAAUCAAUAAUUAAUUUGUCGCAAA